CAGGAGUUUGCUUCCCCGAUCCGAUCAUUACUGGUGUGCUUCCGUCACACGUCCUUUCGUUUCUCACAGCUACUAUAUUGUCUAUACUGCGUAUUCUGACUGCACAUAUUCUGCAUCUUCGCCCAUCACUCGUUUGACGGCAAGACAAAACAACUCUACAACUAAUCAGGAAAGAGCGUACAUCCUCUCCUAAUUUGGAUCGUCACCACACCUUGAGCACCGGGCCACUGGAACACUACCUUGGAGAUUGUCGUCGGUACAUCACCAAUCCCAGAAGACUACUUUCCCUACGAUACCCCGUUUUGGACACCACUGUCCGCUACCCUAACCACAAUGGCGAACUGGUUUGGAAACCUUGACCUGGCAUACAAAUAUGUUAUCGUAUUCGUGAGCUUGCUCCUCAUUACCAUUAUUGCUGGAUUCAUCAAGGUGCUAUACAACCGACAAAGGUUAAAGAAGGCGACCAAGGCCGAGCUUGAAGCUGGGCCCAAGGAGGACACCGUCGAGCUAAACCAACGCGAGAAGGAUGAGGGAGAUUUGUUUGGUAUUCGGGCCAUCGAGGCAGGUUUUUAUGCUGGUGUUGCUCAGUCGCGCCCUACGUCGAGGGCAGGAUCCAUCGUUAGCAAUCACCCGGGAGCCAUGAGCAACAGCACUCUGGUUGGAGGCAGCGCCAGCUCGCCACUCAUGAAGGGCCAGUCUGCCAACAACAGCACGCUCAGUCUGAACCUCAGUGCCGCCGAUGCCACUCGCCGUCCUCCACCUCCAGCCAUGAAGCUCCGUCCCUCCGAGGCUGAACUCAGCGGAAGACACAACCACAUGGUCGACAUGUCGCUUCAAGUUCCCCCAUCACCAGGUGCUCCUCCUCGCGAUCCUCAAUCUAUGACGUUUGGUUCUUACGAGCACGACAAUGACAACUUCCGACUUUCCGAUACCAUGGCAUAUGACUCGUCUUCGGGCCAAUCGCCUUACAACCCUCCCACCACUCAGCUGCCUACGCUCCCAGGCCAUGCGCUGAGGAAAGAAUCCCGAUCGCCAUCGCCUGAGAAUGGAUACCCUCGCGUGCAGGUUCACGAGCCGAGUAGGUAGCCAGCUCCCUGGUGCGUUGAUUUUUUGUAUUUUAGCAAAUUUGGUAGUUACAUACUAUACUGGGCCCCUCCCUAACUUUUGACCAAAGACUCUGAGCAUGCACAAUAUUCGUCGUCUGCUGUCCCCGCCCGACUCCAACCGCGCGCAUACUCUUCCUACUGUGAAGGAGGAAGCGAGGCAAGCAGCAUGUACAGCAGCAGCAACAGCCACACGGG